UUCAAGUUUUAAACUUGAUUUUUGGAAAGCUUGUUUAUGGAUUUCCAUCUUUAAUGUCUCGUCCUUGUCUCGUUUUCUCUCUCUUCCGCGUGUCUUGAGUUGAGCUAAAGCAAAAGCAAAAGCAAAAGCAAAAGCAAUGUCUAAGCCUUUUCUUCUUCUUGUCAAAGCAAGAGCUUAAGUUGUCCAAUUGUUAUAUACUACUAUAUUUAUACAGAUAGAUGAUGAUUAUAGAUUAUAUAGAUUAUAGAUGCACAACAAUUAGGGUAUAAAUGCAAUGCAAUUUCAAUUGAGAAACUAAUCAGUACUCAAUUAAGGUGCAACAAUGGCGGAAAUUGGAAAAAUUGUGCUUAAUUCAGGAUGGUUAGCAGCGAGAUCCACUGAUAUCGAACUCACUGGAGAACAACUUACCACUACUCAUCCACCUUCUGGUCCUUCUUCUCCUUGGAUGAACGCCGUUGUUCCCGGAACGGUAUUGGGAACCCUUGUGGAGAACAAGGUCGUCCCUGAUCCAUUUUAUGGUUUGGAAAACAAAGAAAUUGUUGAUAUUGCUGAUUCUGGGAGGGAGCACUAUACCUUCUGGUUUUUCACAAAAUUUGAGUGUAAGCUGGCUGUGAAUCAGCAUGUGGAUUUGAACUUCCGUGCCAUUAAUUACUCUGCAGAGGUAUAUCUGAAUGGACAUAAAAGAGAUCUUGGAAGGGGAAUGUUCCGGAGGCAUUCUAUUGAUGUCACUGAUAUAUUGUCUCCUGAAGGUCAAAAUCUUCUAGCUGUUAUAGUUUACCCUCCGGAUCAUCCUGGGAGAAUUCCGCCUAAAGGUGGUCAAGGUGGUGACCACGAGAUUGGCAAAGAUGUUGCAGCCCAAUAUGUGGAGGGUUGGGAUUGGAUGACUCCUAUCAGGGAUCGAAACACUGGCAUUUGGGAUGAGGUUUCACUUUCAAUCACCGGGCCGGUUAAAAUAAUCGAUCCCCACUUGGUGUCGUCCUUCUUUGAUGGCUAUAAGAGGGCUUACUUGCAUACUACAUUAGAACUAGAAAAUAGAAGUGGGUGGGUUGCAGAAUGUUCUUUGAAGAUACAAGUUACAACUGAAGUCGAGAAUAGUAUCUGCCUGGUGGAGCAUCUUCACACUCAGCAUCUUUCUAUCCCUCCAGGAGCACGUGUUCAGUAUUCAUUUCCAGAGCUUUUCUUCUACAAACCAAAUCUCUGGUGGCCAAAUGGUAUGGGCGAGCAAUCCUUAUAUAACAUCACUAUUGCUACAGAUGUUGAAGGAUUCGGAGAAUCUGAUAUGUGGGAUCAUCUCUUCGGAUUUCGCAAAAUUGAAAGCUAUAUCGAUAGUGCCACUGGUGGGAGGCUGUUUAAGGUUAAUGGACAACCUAUUUUUAUCCGUGGUGGUAAUUGGAUAUUAUCAGAUGGUUUAUUGCGGCUUUCGAAGAAGCGCUAUGAAACAGACAUAAAGUUCCAUGCUGCUAUGAACUUUAAUAUGAUGCGUUGUUGGGGUGGGGGAUUGGCUGAGAGACCGGAAUUUUACCAUUAUUGUGAUGUAAAUGGCCUAUUGGUAUGGCAGGAGUUCUGGAUUACUGGAGAUGUUGAUGGACGAGGAGAUCCUAUAUCAAAUCCAAAUGGUCCCUUAGACCAUGAUCUCUUUUUGCUGUGCGCUAGAGACACUAUCAAGCUCCUCCGGAAUCAUGCCAGUCUUGCUCUUUGGGUCGGUGGUAAUGAACAAAUUCCACCAGAUGACAUUAAUGCCGCUCUGAAGCUUGACCUUAGACUCCAUCCAAGCUUUGGGAAUGACAAUGGAAAUGGCAGAGUUGUGGAAGAUACGGAUCCUAGUCAAUAUCUGGAUGGUACUCGAGUUUAUGUUCAAGGGUCAAUGUGGGAUGGGUUUGCUGAUGGUAAAGGGAACUUUACCGAUGGUCCUUAUGAAAUUCAGAAUCCUGAGAACUUCUUUAAGGACAACUACUACAAAUAUGGAUUCAACCCUGAGGUUGGAUCUGUUGGAAUGCCAGUUGCAGCUACUAUUAGGGCAACUAUGCCAAAAGAAGGCUGGCAAAUUCCAUUGUUCAAAACACUUGACAAUGGUUAUGUAGAAGAAGUGCCUAAUGCAAUUUGGGAAUAUCAUAAAUACAUCCCUUAUUCAAAACCAGGCUCGGUUCAUGAUCAGGUCUUACAAUAUGGAACUCCACAGGAUCUGGAUGACUUUUGCCUGAAGGCUCAACUCGUGAACUAUGUACAAUAUAGAGCUCUACUUGAGGGAUGGGCUUCCCAUAUGUGGAGUAAAUUUACAGGCGUCUUAAUAUGGAAAACUCAAAAUCCUUGGACAGGUCUGAGGGGUCAGUUUUACGAUCACCUACUUGACCAAACAGGUGGUUUCUAUGGAUGUCGUUCUGCUGCUGAGCCCAUUCAUGUCCAGCUAAACCUUGCAAACUAUUGUAUAGAGGUAGUUAAUACUACAUCAGACAAGUUGUCUGAUGUAGCUGUAGAAGCCUCGGUAUGGGAUCUGGAAGGAUCACGCCCAUACUGCAGUGUCCACGAGAGGCUCUCUGUGCCUCCUAAAAUGACUGUAACUAUCACAAAGAUGAAGUAUCCAGAAUCUGAAAAUCCAAAGCCAGUAUACUUCCUUCUCCUUAGGCUAUAUCGCAUGUCAGAUAAUGGUAUUUUAUCGAGAAACUUCUACUGGUUGCAUCUACCUGGUGGUGAUUACACUUUGCUUGAACCAUAUAGAAUGAAGAAAAUACCUCUCAAAAUUACAUCCAAAGUCAUCAGUCAAGAUUCCACCUAUGAAGUACUAAUGAAAGUAGAGAACACCUCCAAGAAGCCAAAUCUUGAGGACCAGCUGCACAAGAACAAUUUCUGCCAUGGAGUCGGCAAUGGUGCUUUAGAGAAACUCACGCUUGAUAUUAAUGAAAAUAAACAGGAAGCUAGAAUUCUCCAGAAACUUAACAGAUUGUUUUCCCGGGAAAGUAACAGUUUGAAGCUUGUUGAAACCAAUGGAGUUGAUGUUGGGGUUGCUUUCUUCUUGCAUUUCUCAGUUCAUGUAUCAAAGAAUGUAAUCAAGGAAGGGGAAGACACGAGAGUUCUCCCUGUGCAUUAUUCUGACAAUUAUUUUUCUCUGGUACCGGGUGAGAUCAUGUCAAUAAAGAUAACAUUCGAGGUACCUCCUGGAAAUACUCCACGGAUUACACUUAACGGUUGGAAUUUUUCUGAAGACAUUACUGUUUUGUAAUUGUCCAUGAAGGUGACUAGCUUCGGGAAUGGUCAUUUUAGGUGCAAGCGAUGAUCUUGUUAUUUGAGUGGUCAAUCUUGAUGGAAAGAAAUGCUUAGGGAUGGUGUUUGUCUGCUAAGAAUGGAGAAGAAACCAAUAAGCUAAGAUCAGUUCAUGUCUCGUCCCUAAUUGCUUCUUUUUCAGGUCUUCUCGUCCCAAUUCUUAGCAAUCUGUAUUCUUGAUAUUUUCUUCAUGAGUUUUAUUGGUUGAUAUAGAGUGUAUUUAGUGGAAAACCCAAUUGCAGUGUGGAGAUUUUGUGUUAAAUUACUGAUUACCUUUUUUUUCUUUGUAAUAACUAUAUACUUAUGUUGUACAACAUGUUAAUAAUUUUUUUAAA